AUGCAAAGAAUGAGCAGCGUCCAUAGUCAGUCAAGUGAUACAGUGAUCCAGCAGCAGAUGAACGCGGGCGAAGUACAAGCGCAAGGCUAUAGUGGGAAGACACCAGCAAUAAGAGAAGAGGAGGAAGAGAGUGGCGCGGAGACUGGUAGAGAAAAGAGAACAUAUGGUUUGAGGAAGAAGAAGAGCUUCCAAUCAUCGCCCAACUCAUCUUUGUCGUCGAAUAGUAAUGGGAAUAGCAACCGGUCUGUUUCUACGAUCACUUUUGAGAAGCAGAAAGUGAUACCACAUAGGGCGAGAACUCAGUCGGCACAGAGUGUACUGAGUAGCAUCUCGCUGAGAUCUCUUUUGCAUCAGAACAACGUGCAAAACCAACAAGCACAACAGCAGCAGCAGCAGCAGAACGGCGAACAGGAAGCGCAGCGUGUGAGCAGCUACACAAAUUUCAAUGAGCAGAUUCAGUCGCCUGCAAUGUCGUCGAUACGGAAGAAGGGUAUAUCUGCAAGUCAUACCGGUGGGACUGGGGGUUACAACGUGACGUCUGGGGCAUCCGCGACCGCAACGGGCAUAUUUCGAAGGAACAGCUCCGAGAAUGAGAUUGGAAUGCAGAUGCCCUUUACGGAUGACAACAGACCGAGGUUGGAUUCGGCAACGACGCGACAGCAAUUGCAGAGACAAAACUCUAAAAUUUCAUUCAAGAAGGAAAACGUGAACCCAAACGAGGUGGUAUCGGUGCAGCAAGAAUCAAGCAGUUACAAAGAUGAAGAUGCAGAUAUAGAUUCUCAAAAGAGACUAACUACACAGGCGUUGAGAAAACUUUCUACUUUGAAACAUAAUGUAAAGGAUAUGCUGAACACAGAUGCAGGUGACUGUGAAGAAGAGCAGGAUGAUCUGGCAUCGUGCGAGAGCUCAGCUGGCAAAGGGGAAGAUAACAGUGAGCAGGAUGAAGAUCAGGACGAGAGCCGAGAUGUUGGUGACGAAAGUUUCGUCAAUCAGGUGAAUUCAAUGACUCAUCUGAAAUUUGGCAAUAAGAACGUUGUACUAGAUUCUUCUUCCUUCGAUCCUAGCGAGUACUCUAGCAAAGCUUCUCAGAAUCACAUUGCUCGACCGCCUGUCAGCAACAGAAAGCAUUCAUUGGAUGUUAUACGGCAGCCAAAUGCGUCAAUACCGACAAACUCAACUAUUAACCAUAGCAAUAAGCGAUCCCUGAAGCAAAUCGGCAAUCCAAAGAAGCCUCUAUAUGUGCCUGCUGUUUUACGCGAUGUUUCUGAGACCAAUAUAACUAUCGAUGAUGUGGUAAGACCCGUGUCUCCACAACAUACCCUGGUAUCGCGGAAUCAAAACAUGACUUUAAGGAGCACUACAUCUGCUUCUUCGCAGGCUAGUGUCAUUUCAAACCACUCGUCGAUUCUCGAGGCAUGUAAAAGACGCUUGGGAUCUUUUUUCCUUGCUGGAGCAGAUCACUAUAACUCCGACUCCCAGCUUGGUCUCAAAUGGGAGCCGCCUGCUCCGCCAACUAGAGAACAUUGGUUACCUGACUCAAAGCGCAGCUCAUGCCACUACUGUCACAAACUGUUCACCUUUCUGGAAAGGAAACAUCAUUGUAGACAUUGUGGUGACAUUUUCUGUCAGCAGCAUUUAGCUCAUUGGUUGUACCUCAAUUCCAACGCUCAGUUCAUGAUAGGUGGUGGUGGGAUGGGAACGCUGUCCAAAAUCUGUGACAACUGCCUCGAGGAUUAUGAAAGCAUGAUAAAGAACCCUAACUGGAAGGACAAAAAAGACUCGAGGCAAAUUGAUGCUUUAACAAAUACAAGCUCGGUAGUUUCGCAAACCGGACAAUCGCGCAUUCCACAGGCUAUUAAUGUAGCAAGUAGCUCUGAAGUGGGCGAUAAUACCAAUGAUAAAGAUGAUGUUAUGGGAAGCGUUGUAGGUUCUGUUCCAGCCGACUGGAACUGGAGUAGUUUUUGA